GUUAUCAGCUGCAGGAUUUAGGGGAAAGGUCGCUGUUGGUUUGUCAGGUUGGUUUAUAUUCACCGCGGACUCAUUCAGAGCAGAGGUGUUGCAUAUCCGUGGAAAAGUCUGAUCCUGACACUGGUGGUUUGUUGAAUCGGCAUCAUGGCGCUUCUCAGAGGUGUAUUUAUUGUAGCUGCCAAGCGCACUCCAUUCGGUACCUAUGGAGGCGUGCUGAAGGAUCACAGUGCGACAGAUUUGGCUGAACAUGCAGCCAAAGCUGCCCUGGCUGCAGGGGGCGUGGCACCAGAACUUGUAAACAGUGUCAUUAUGGGAAAUGUCAUGCAGAGCUCAGCUGAUGCCCCCUACAUUGCUCGUCAUGUGGGUCUGAGGUGUGGUGUUCCCAUCCCAGUGCCUGCUCUCACUGUGAACAGACUGUGUGGAUCUGGUUUCCAGUCCAUCAUCAACGGUGCUCAUGAGAUUUGUCUCAGGGAUUCAGAGGUGGUCCUGUGUGGAGGCUCAGAGAGCAUGAGCCAGGCCCCGUACGCCGUUCGCAACAUACGAUUUGGUACAAAGUUUGGAUUCGAUCUCAAGCUGGAGGACACCUUGUGGGCGGGCCUGACUGACCUGCACAUCAAAAUCCCAAUGGGCAUCACAGCGGAAAACCUGGCUGAGAAAUACCAGAUCACACGAGAAGACUGUGACAACUAUGCUUACCAGACGCAACAAAGGUGGAAGGCCGCUCAUGAGGCUGGUCACUACACAGCAGAAAUCGCUCCCAUUGAUGUGAAAGCUAGGAAAGGCAAGGUGUCCAUGGCUCAGGACGAACACCCUCGUCCACAGACCACACUGGAACAGAUGGCCAAACUGGCUCCUGUCUUCAAGAAGGGAGGGACUGUUACUGCUGCCAAUGCGUCGGGUGUGUCUGACGGUGCUGCAGCAGUGGUGAUUGCAAGUGAAGAUGCGCUGAAAGAACACAAGCUGACUCCACUGGCCAGGAUUGUGGCGUAUCACGUGUCCGGCUGUGACCCUAGCAUUAUGGGAAUUGGUCCCGUCCCAGCAGUCACAGAAGCUCUUAAAAAAGCCGGUCUGACUAUCAACGACAUGGAUCUUGUGGAGGUGAACGAGGCUUUUGCCCCCCAGUACCUGGCUGUUGCUAAGGCUCUUGGUCUGGAUCCAGAGAAAAGUAACGUUAACGGUGGAGCAAUCGCCAUCGGACAUCCCCUCGGUGCUUCUGGAGCACGCAUCACUGCCCACCUGGUCCAUGAGCUCAGGCGACGAGGAGGCAAAUACGCCGUUGGCUCCGCUUGUAUCGGUGGUGGUCAGGGCAUCGCCAUCAUCCUCGAGAAAUACUGAUGAAACUGCUGCCAAUAUUAAUAGAAUUUCUGUAGAAGAAUGUCUUGCACCACCGUCCACUUACAUACAUACAUAAAAAACCUUUCACAUACAUAUAAAACUGCAAAUGUUCUCUUGACGUGAGGCACUGCUGCUCAGUUUCUCCCGCAAAGAAAGCGAACACAUUUUUUGCUGCUUACUGUUGUUUCUUCUUUCAGUCUAUUUAUUCAAACAUGUUCAAUAACUGGCUCAGUCCACUGUUGCCUUGGAAGUCCUGUGAGGAUAAAGAGCGAACUCAUAUUUCUGUGCUCGUUGUACCAGGGCGCAAGGGACUGUUUAUGUAUGUGCCUCAAAUUCAGAGCUAGGUCCCUGGUAACACAUGUAGCAUAUUAUUAACUCAGUUUGUGUUGGGUUUAGUAAGGUUUAAAUGAACUCUGAUGUUUGCCUUCUCUAUCACUCCAUUACCAGGGAUCAGUAUGCAAGAGAAUAUGUCUGACCUGUGAUGGCUCCAGCAAAAAAUGAUUUUGUAUUUCCAUGUGAAAGAAUCUCAAUAAAUAACAUUUUCAACAAAAAAA